AUGGGCCCAUGGGCUCAGCUGGUCCUGCUUGUGGCCACAGCUUGGCAUGGUCAGGGGAUCCCGGUUAUAGACCCCCUGGGUCCUGAGCUGGUUGUGGAGCCAGGCACAAAGGUAACCCUUCGAUGUGUGGGCAACGGCAGUGUGGAGUGGGUCAAGCCCACCUCUCCCGGCUGGAUCAUGGACUCUGAGGCCUCCAGCAGCAUUCUGACCAUCAUGAACGCCACCUUCCUAAACACCGAGACCUACCACUGCACUGAGCCUGGAAACCCCCUAGGGGGCAAUGCCACCAUUCACCUCUUUGUUAAAGACCCUUUGCGUCCCUGGAAAAUCCUGGCAGAGGAGGUGACGGUGUUUGAGGGUCAAGAUGCGCUGCUGCCCUGCCUGCUCACCAACCCAGCGCUGGAGGGUAAUGUCUCGCUGGUGCGAAGCCGGAACCGGCCCAUGUGGUCCAAGACCAAGUACUCCUUCUCAAGCUGGAGCGGCUUUACAAUCCACAAGGUCAGGUACAUUGAAAGCAGGACCUACCAGUGCAGGGCCCUGGUGGGCAACAGGAUCCAGCAGUCCAUUGGCAUCCAGCUCACGGUGCAGAGAGUAGGGCCCGGGCCCCCGGACUUGAUGCUGGAGACUGCUGAGCUGGUGCACAUUCGAGGGGAGGCUGCCAAGAUCGUGUGCUCAGCCAGAAGUUUGGAUCCUGCCUUUGAAGUCUUCCUCCAGCACAGAGACACUAAGCUGACAAAUUUUCAAACAACUGACUUAGAUAGUAAUUAUUAUAAAAAAGUUCUGACCCACAUCAUCGAUCAUGUAGACUUCCAAGAUGCCGGCAACUAUUCCUGUGUGACCACCAGUGCCCAGGGCAUCCGCUCCACCUCCAUGGUCCUCCGGGUGGUAGAGAGUGCCUACUUGAACUUAACCUCUGAGCAGAACCUCCUUCAGGAGGUGAGCUUGGGUGAGAAGCUCAAGCUCAAAGUCAAGGUGGAGGCUUACCCGGCUCCGAAAGACUUUAACUGGACCUACCUGGGACCCUUCUCUAGCCACCAACCCGAGUUUGAUUUUGUCAUCAUCAAUGACACAUACAGGUACACUUCCAUUCUAUCCCUGCCCCGCCUGAAACCCUAUGAGGCCGGCCGCUAUGCUUUUCUGGCCAGAAACGAGGAAGGCUGGAAAAAUCUGACCUUCGAACUUACCCUUCUAUACCCCCCAGAGGCAAGGGUCAUGUGGACCUCCAUCAAUGGCUCUGGUGCCCUGGUCUGUUAUGCCACGGGGUACCCACAGCCCAAUGUGACUUGGCUACAGUGCCAGGACCAAACUGACAGAUGUAAUAAGGUCCAGAAGCUGGUCUUGGAGGACACACACCCUGAAGUUCUAAGACAGGAGCCCUUCGACAAGGUGACCAUCCGGAGCCUGCUGAUGGUUGGAGUCCUAGAACACAACACCACCUAUGAGUGCAGGGCCCACAGCUGGGUGGGGAACGACUCCCACUUCUGGCCCUUCUCUGUCCGUGCCAGUAAGCAACUCCUUGAGGAGCCCCUCUUCACACCGGUGCUGGUUGCCUGCAUGUCCAGCAUGGCCUUACUGCUCCUGCUGCUUUUACUCCUCCUGUACAAGUACAAGCAGAAGCCCAAGUACCAAGUACGCUGGAAGAUCAUUGAGAGAUAUGAGGGCAACAGUUAUACCUUCAUUGAUCCCACCCAGCUGCCGUACAGUGAGAAGUGGGAGUUUCCCCGAAACAACCUGCAGUUUGGUAAAACCCUUGGAGCUGGCGCCUUUGGGAAGGUGGUAGAGGCCACAGCCUUUGGUCUGGGCAAGGAAGAUGCUGUCUUGAAAGUGGCUGUGAAGAUGCUGAAAUCCACGGCUCAUGCUGACGAGAAGGAGGCCCUCAUGUCAGAACUGAAGAUCAUGAGCCACUUGGGCCAGCACGAGAACAUAGUCAACCUUCUGGGAGCCUGCACGCAUGGAGGCCCUGUCCUGGUCAUCACUGAAUACUGUUGCUAUGGCGACCUACUCAACUUCCUUCGCCGGAAGGCUGAGGCUAUGCUGGGACUCAACUCAAGUGCAGGCCAGGGCCCUGAUGGGAUCGCCACUGGCUACAAGAACAUCCACCUGGAGAAGAAAUACUUACGUAGGGACAGCGGCUUCUCCAGUCAGGGUUUGGACACCUACGUGGAGAUGAGACCUGUUUCCACUUCAUCAUCAAAUGACUCCUUCUCUGAGCAUGACCUGGACAAAGAGGAUGCACGGCCCCUGGAGCUCAGAGACCUGCUCCACUUCUCCAGCCAAGUGGCCCAAGGCAUGGCCUUCCUCGCUUCCAAGAAUUGCAUCCACCGAGAUGUGGCAGCCCGAAAUGUGCUAUUGACCAGUGGGCAUGUGGCCAAGAUCGGGGACUUUGGGCUGGCUAGGGACAUCAUGAAUGAUUCCAACUACAUUGUCAAGGGCAACGCACGCCUGCCAGUGAAGUGGAUGGCUCCGGAGAGCAUCUUCGACUGUGUCUACACGGUUCAGAGCGACGUCUGGUCCUAUGGCAUCCUCCUCUGGGAGAUCUUUUCACUUGGGCUGAACCCCUACCCUGGCAUCCUGGUGAACAGCAUGUUCUAUAAACUGGUGAAAGAUGGCUACCAAAUGGACCAGCCUGCAUUUGCCCCAAAGAACAUAUACAGCAUCAUGCAGGCCUGCUGGGACCUGGAGCCCACCUGCAGACCCACUUUCCAGCAGAUCUGCUUCCUCCUCCAGGAGCAGGCUAAAGCGGACAUGAAAGAACGGGACUACACCAACCUGCCCAGCAGCAGUGAUGGUGGCGGCGGCGAUGGUGGUGGCAGUAGCAGCAGCGGCAGCAGCAGCAGCAGCGAACCAGAGGAGGAGAGCUCAAGUGAGCACCUGGCCUGCUGCGAGCAAGGGGAGAGCUCCCAACCGCUGCUGCAGCCCAACAACUACCAGUUCUGCUAA